AAAAAAAAAGGAAAAAGAAGGUGUAGUGAGAAAAGGCUGGAGGGCUUGUUAUGGGGUUAGCGUGAGAGAAACUAAACAUUCUGUCCACCCUUCUUUACCAGUCAAACCAGUAACUCUGGAUAGAGCACACUCGAGCAGGUAGAGUUCUGGGCCGCACUUUCUGUCGCGUUUUCAUCUUCUUUCCCCACUUCGUCUGUACCAUUAUUGAAUUUCCAGCUCUUUUGUUUGCUUCUCUUUAUCACUCGGAGAAAGGUGAACUCUCGUGUUACUUUUUUUUUGUUUGUUUUUAUUUGAUCUUUGCUCUUAAUUGUAGUUUUUACCCUUGUGGUCCCUGAUGGCUUCGCACAGUGAUACUCUGGUGGUGUUCUUUGGGGCAACAGCUGGUGCAAAUGGGGGUAAACUGGGGUCGGAUGAGAGGGAAAUAAUUCUGUUGGUGUGGCAAAUUGUGGAUCUACAUGAGAAAAAGGUGGGAAAACUUCAGCAGCGCCUGAUUAAACCAGACACUUUGGAAUUAACAGAUCAGUGUAAAGAAGAGACUGGAUUGAGUGUGGACGAGCUUUGUAAAGCAGAUCCUCUGGACACGGUUCUUCAGCAGUUCCAGCAGGCUGUAUCAGCAGAACUUAAAGCUCUGGGCAGAAGCUCGUACACACUGUGUGUGGACGGACCCCUCCUCAUCCGACAGGCACUUCAUCCUGAGGCUUCCAAAAAGAAUUUGGUCCUGCCAGAGUGUUUUUAUUCAUUUGUGGAUUUAAAGAGAGAGUUUCAUAAAUGCUGUCCCAACGCCGGUCCAGUGAAAGAUCUCACCCUUCCUUCAAUGCUCGAAUAUGUGUGUCUCCCAGCAGUAAGCGAGCAGAGGGCUGGAGUGAGGGAGUUGAAGAGCAUGGUGAUGAUCAUCCAGCACAUCCUGGCUGACCCUUACAGUCACGAAUUUUCCUUGUUUGAGACGGUGAAGUACAAGUUUGAAUCUGGAGCUUGCAGUAAGACGGAAGCUGUGGACAGUGAGACGGUGAUCAGAGCCAGGGGGUUGCCAUGGCAGUCUUCAGACCAGGACAUCGCUCGCUUCUUCAAGGGCCUCAACAUUGCCAAAGGUGGUGUGGCACUGUGUCUGAACGCACAGGGUCGUAGGAAUGGAGAGGCUCUGGUGCGCUUUGUAAACUCUGAACACAGAGACAUGGCACUGGAACGACACAAACACCACAUGGGCAGCAGAUACAUUGAGGUGUAUAAAGCAACUGGAGAGGAGUUCCUGAAGAUUGCUGGAGGCACGUCUAACGAGGUGGCACAGUUCUUGUCUAAGGAGAAUCAGGUGAUCAUCCGCAUGCGGGGCCUGCCCUUCACCGCCACACAUCAGGAUGUGCUGGGCUUCCUGGGCCCCGAGAGUCCCGUGACAGAUGGCACGGAGGGGCUGCUCUUUGUUAAAUACCCUGAUGGAAGGCCCACGGGUGAUGCCUUUGUGCUGUUUGCCUGUGAGGAAUACGCCCAGAACGCUCUGAAAAAGCAUAAACAGAUUCUGGGGAAGAGAUACAUCGAGCUGUUCCGCAGUACAGCAGCUGAGGUCCAGCAGGUGCUGAACCGCUACAUGUCCACUCCACUGAUCUCCACACUUCCUCCUCCUCCUAUGGUUCCUGUUCCUAUGCUGGCUGCUUCGCCCUUCAUCACCACAGGUAGCACCAGAGACUGCGUGCGGCUGCGUGGUUUGCCGUACACUGCCGCCAUCGAGGACAUCCUGGAUUUUAUGGGAGAGCACACUAUAGACAUUAAACCCCAUGGCGUUCAUAUGGUGCUCAAUCAGCAGGGUCGUCCAUCCGGCGACGCUUUCAUUCAGAUGAAAUCGGCAGAUCGUGCCUUUAUGGUGGCACAGAAGUGCCAUAAGAAGAUGAUGAAGGAUCGUUAUGUGGAGGUGUUCCAGUGCUCCACUGAAGAGAUGAGCUUUGUGCUGAUGGGAGGGACGCUGAACCGUAGUGGCCUGUCUCCUCCGCCAUGCAAACUGCCCUGCCUCUCACCACCAACCUACGCUGCAUUUCCAGCUCCAGCUGCUAUGCUUUCCACUGAGGCAGCUCUGUAUCAGCCCCCCCUGCUGGCUACUCCAAGAACUCCACAGCCACCCACACACACCCCUGCCCCAGCUCUUGCUUACUAUUCCCCUCAGCCACAGCUGUAUAUGAACAUGAACAUGAACUACACUGCCUAUUACCCCAGUCCUCCAGUGUCUCCGUCCACAGUGAGUUAUUUCGCAGCUCCUCCAGGCUCGGUAGCAGCUCAGCCUACUCCUGCUAUUCUGCCACAGCAUGGUGCUCUGGUGCGCAUGCAGGGACUGCCUUAUAACGCAGGGGUUAAAGACAUCCUCAGCUUCUUCCAGGGUUACCAGUAUGCUCCUGAGGAUUACAGCAGUGUGAUGGGAGUGAGCGAUCAGGCUCGUGCUCUGGUCCAGCCCAAAGAGUGGCUCUGCCUGUAGGGGGCGCUCCUCCAGCUCCAGGCGGACUCUGUGCUCGUCUUGUAUAACCUGAGUGGCCAGCGGAGUGGGGAGGCGCUCGUCACCUUCCCCAGCGAGGAGGCAGCGAGGCGUGCUGUGGCCGAGCGCUCCAACCUUCCCCUCUCUGGCCACCCUGUCCGCCUGAUGUGCUGCGAAUGAGCUAAACACUCACCACUUGAAGCCGACUCCAGGAACGAGCGAGGUCUGCACUUCACCCCGGAUAACCUCACUCUCGACCUCUCCCGACGCUGAUCUGACCCAGGCACACAGGGAGUCAGUCUUUUCCUCAAGUUUCUCACGUGCUACUGCUGGUGGAGGUGCUAGCAUGAUGGAAAUACAUGAACUCGAUGUAUAUAUGUAUUUGUACAUGAAAUACGCCUACCGUUAAAAUGCCUCAUGUAUAAAUCAGUGUGGAUAUGGAGAACUGAUGUAUAUUCUUCCGAGUUGUGUUCUUUAUGCAGAUGAGCCUAAAUGUUCAGGCUAAAAUCCCUUUAGCUCUUCCUAUGGGAGAAAUCCCACAAUGAGGAUUCACUGUGUUUUUACUCAAAGACAGUGCAAUAUACAAAGGCUAAGCCAUACAGCCUGCAAGUGUGAUGCAAAAAAAAAAAGGAAUGAAAACUACUGAGUGCUGUUUAAUGCCACUACUGAAUGUACAGCAAGCUUCUAAAAUGCCAAUCUAUGCCUCAACCUCGCGACUGUAGCCAACCUGCUCCGUGUAAUUGUUGAUCAUAUUAAUUAUUGUGUAAGAAAUGAGACUGGGCGUGUCCCUUUAUCUACUCGAACUUUAUUCUUAGUUUAAUCAAAUCCAGAACAGAGCCUUUUUUUUUUUUUUUUUUUUUUUAAUUUAAUGUGAGAAACAAGCCGUCAUGCUUUUGUCUGAUCUGCAUGACUUUCUUUUGCAGCCUUUAUUACUGAGAGAUUUUCUUUCCUAAUCUGUCUAAAGCGAUUGGAGAGGCCUUCGGUCAUCAUAGUGUCUUUACCCGGUCCUUUUUGUGCCAUUGCUACACGAGCCAGAGUUCAAUACCAGCUUGAAAAAGUUCAGCAAGCUUCUCUGGCACCUGAGUGGGCAUUUAGGUUUUUUUUUUUAAACCAAGUUUGAAACUUGUAUGAAACUGAAAAUAUCAUUUAUGUAACAGUUAUAUAUAACAAUAAAACAUUUAUUCUGAAA